UUCAGCUGAGUUGACAACCCCUCAAUAGAAAGUUAGCGUCUCCCACCUUAUUGCGUAGUAUUUGGGGCUUGGACCGCGGCCCGCCAAGACAAUGCAAACCCAGUUGUCGCAAGGCGAGCACUAUAGAUAGCUCGAGAAAAGUAACUAAGAUUACGAGAGGCCAUGGUAGAUCUCCUUCACGUCUUGGAACCAUUUGCGGCUAUCAUGAGUCGUACGGGUGAUAAUGUCCUCGAACAUUUCCAUCAAGAAUGUUGGAGCUAGUUCCCAGAAUAUAGCAGCAGGUAAUGGACCUCAAUCCAACCUGAACGGGACCGGCACGCAGAAUAACUAUUACGGUGGCACAGUUCAUCCCAUGUCCUCAGACACCCACCAUGCAGAAGGCCUUGUGUCGAAUCGCACCCGACCAUCUCGUCGGGAAGAUUUUCGAAUCGCCCUCAUUUGCGCCCUACCUCUUGAAUACGACGCCGUUGCCUUGCAAUUUGACGAGUUCUGGGACGAGGACGGUGAGGAGUACGGUCGAGCACCGGGCGAUAACAACAACUACACCACAGGACGUAUUGGCAACCAUAAUGUCGUGCUGACAAUCUUACCAAACAUGGGCAAGACUGCUGCCGCCGGGGCUGCCGCGAAUUUUCGGUGCAGUUAUUCACGACUACGGCUUGCCCUUCUCGUAGGAAUAUGCGGCGGCGCGCCGAUCAUAGGGACAGACGAGGCGGUCCUCGGCGACGUUAUCAUUAGUAGGAAUUUAAUCCAAUAUGACAUCGGCCGCCAAUUCCCGAAUGCGUUUGUGAUGAAAGAUACGCUUGAGGAUAACUUAGGCCGGGCAAACAAAGAUAUUCGCAGCCUAGUCGCCAGCUUCGAGACGGAGCUUGGAAGAGAGCGUUUGCGUAAAAAAGCUGGUGAAUACCUUAGCAAUCUCCAAGCUACGGCAACUCGCAAGCGUCGGCGGUACGGUUACAGAUACCUCGGCGUGGUCGAAGAUAAACUCUUCCCUGCAACCUACCAACAUAAGCAUCGUGCGCCGCAAUCGUGCGAUGUAUGCGAAGGAGAGACUGAGAGACAUUGUGAAGAGGCUGCUCAAGCAUCUUGUGCGGAAUUGAACUGCGACCAGACCCAGCUACUAUCUAGGGACAUCCUAGAAGUUAAGAUGCGACUCGAGCUAAACGAAAUGCAAUGCCCUGACAUUUUUGUCGGGCGAAUCGCAUCCGGGGAUACUGUGGUAAAGUCCGGAAAACAUCGUGACCAACUCGCCAGAGAGCUGAACGUGGUUGCCUUCGAGAUGGAGGGUGCCGGCGCUUGGGAUGAAGUUCCUUGCAUAGUCAUCAAGGGGAUCUGCGACUAUGCUGAUAGCCAUAAGAACAAGAAGUGGCAACCGUUCGCAGCAGCGACCGCGUCAUCUGUGAUGAAGGCUGUACUGGGUCGAUACGCUACUACUGACAGGCCUACAUCAGCAUGAUACAGGCGGGUAUCAAGAGCUCAUUACUGUUACCGUAAUGUCCUGCUGUGAUGACAAGUAAAUGUUUUAUUAUUGCACAAGGAAGAAAGUUCUAGUUUUCGCCUCAUUCGAUUUAGCUUUAUAUAUAAUGUUCCUUGGUCCGUGCUGUAUGUCGGAAAUUACGCUUCAGUAGUUCGGUGACAAUUACACCUUGCCCAGGGACAAGUCUACCAACAUACGGGUAAUACCUAGGUAGCUGCGCACCACAUCAUAAUCGGAGAGAGGAAUGGGUUCAGACAGCUGUACACUGUUACAUCUUUGUGGAAUUGAGGUUGCGAUACUAUAUUUCCCAAGCUCUGCAUUUUACUAGAAUAGCACGAUAAUAGAGAUAAGGGCUAAUCAUAAUCGUCAUGGAUCCCUAUACCCAA